AUGGAUCCGACGUUCGCCUCACCACCGACCCAGUCCCGCUUCUUGGGCGAGGAGCUCGACUUUUCCAGCCACGGUCACCGAGCGCAUUCCCGCCACUCGUCCCUCGAUGAUGGCGAAGACGGCCUGGACGGCCACCACGAUGCGUUCGCCACCUCGCUGUCCAGCCAGUUCUCCGACCUUUCCGGCCUCGGCGGCCAUGCCGGCGACCUGGCUAGCGAGCUAGCGGGCGGCAGCCUCGCCUCGGAGCUCUCCGCCGAGCUCGAGCUGGACCACGACGAGGACGAGGAGCAGCUGGGGAGGGGCACGGCGGGGUAUCCGGAUCAUCGCGUCGGUGACUACAACGGGCGCGAAGGCGAUGGCGACGCAGAUUCCCAGGGCGAGGGCUAUCGGACGCCGCCGAGGAGGGGCACUAGGCGGAAAGGCGGCACGAGGACGCCGGGGCCCGUAGCCACCUUGGCCGACUCGCUGGCGGCCGAGCUCGACCCCUCAACACCCCAGAUCAAGCAGGAGGUCACGCCCAUCCACUCGCCCUCAAUCCUCGACACGCCGCACCUCGACAACUAUACCUCGAACGUCCACGAGAUGGAGGAGUCGCUCCGCACCACCCGCCAAUUUCUCGACCGCCUCCGAGGCGUCGGAUCAUCCAUGCCGUCCUCAUCCGCCCACGCAUCAGUACCAACAGCGACCGCGGCAGCGGCGGCGGCAGCAGCGCCGUCUUCCUCAUCGUCGGCCCUCAACCCUUCGGCGCUGGGCGAGGACACGACGCACAUCGAGCAGUCGGCCGCCACGUUGGUGCGAUCGCUCUACGACUACGCAAACGAGCGCGAGACGCAGAUACGCGAGCUGCGCGAGAUGCUGCGGGCCUUUGGCAGCAACGACGCAGACUGGCUCGCGGCGCUGGCAGAGGUGGACCCGCUCGAUGACGACGGCCAGGACGGCCAGGGCAGCGGCCCGGCGGCCCCGCUGGGAACAGGGCCCGUCGAGCGGAGGACGGUACGGAGGGAGGACGAGGACUUCCUCGGCUUCGCCACGCCCCUGCUUCCUCGGCCCUCGUACGCCUCGGACCGGAUCGAUGAGGUCGACGACGACCACGAGGAGGAUGACGACGAUGACCCGUUCACGAGCAGCGGUCGUAGCCGACGACGCCGCGACGCCGACGGCCCUUCGCCCCACUCGCCCCUCGCAACGCACCUCACGCAUCUCCUCACGACGACCUCGGGCCUCAUCACGUCGCUGACGACAAUACAUGAGCAUAGCCAGAUCUCAAAGUCGGCCAUGAACGACGCCGCACGCCGCCUCCGCUCCAUCAAGACGGUCAUGACCCAGUGGCGCCAGGAGCUCGACGGCGUCGAGAGGAGCAGGGAGCUCAUCGAGCGCGAGCUCGCCGCUGCCGCGGACGGCGCUCGUGGCGCUGGCAGUGGCGCUAGCAACGGUGCUGGAGCGGGGGCGGCCGCGGCUGCGGCUGCGGGACAGAGGCAGGGAGAGGUCGAGCGGCCCAAAGACGUCAGGGCGUGGACCCGGGAUCAGAUGGAUGGAUUCGGCAGCUUGCUGGAAGAGGCGGAGAGAAAGGCGAGGCUCCUCCUCACACCCGUCUCGUUCCAAGUGGCCGUCUAG